CCCCUUUUUUAUGUUUUAAGUCGCCCCUUCCCUCUGAAAAACUAAAUGGAAAAGCCGGAUUCCGCCUCCGGUUGCGGUUGUGCGGAUGUAUACAACACUGUUUUCAUUGACACCAGCCUCGACACGCACCUGGCCAUGAUCGUCUCCGACUCCGACACUGUUUCUGAUCUUAAAAAAAAGAUAAUGUAUGAACAUCCGUUGUGCUUUCCAAAUAUUGGUGAGAUAAAGAUUCAUGCACUAAAGGUAAAGCGCAGAGGAUAUCUUUAUCACCUUUCGGAUUCCAUGUUUCUGAAGAGUGCGUUUGGUGGAGUGAUAAAAAAUUGGUUUCUAUCGGUAGAUGCCUCAAUUGUCGAAGAGCAUAGAGAAAAUCAUAAUUACAUUGAGUAUGAUACCAACAAUGUUGUAACCUGCUUCGGUACCGGAAUUAAUAAUUCUUCUGCUGAUGUGGUUGAUAUUCUCCCAGGUGAUAUGGCCAUUAGAUUGGCCAACGCCAACGAUGCAUCAUUGCCCCAAGAUCAAGACGACUGUUGUGCAAAACAGAAUUCUGCAUCUCAACAGUUUGGUUUUAGCAAUUCCAUCAAAGAAAAUUCCGAAGGUUUGCAUAAGGAAGCUGAACAUACAUCUGAUAGUGAUUCUCAGGUUUCUUUCCCUGCUACCAAUAAGGGGUCAAUGCCGAUGGUACACUCGAAAGAUGUUGGAGAAGACAAAAUAUAUGAAGAUCUGCCAGUUUCUGUGGCUACAAAGCUGAAAACAAAAAAGAGAAAAAAAGAUGCCAUCCACCAUGAUUUGAAGGAAAAUGGUGCUUUAGUUGUCAGGUCUGUGAAAGAUGCAUCGGAUUCGGGCAAUGUUCUCAAGGAAAAUUCAUUUCAGAAUGAUGGGAUGUUGGGAAACCAACUUCAGGUUGAUGAAACCGUUGGAAGUUUAUCUUCUGAUGGAAAUAAGAUGUUAGUCACUAGGAAAAGGACGGGUGAUGAGGGAACAAAGGUUUCAGGAGAACAAUCUGAAUUGGAAACUAAAGAACAUAAAGAUGUUUCUCACAAUGACCGGGAAUACGAGUCCAAAGAAAAUACCCUACAAACUGGGCCUGCAUCAAAGAAAAAGCGUAAAGCCGGGAGGAAAGAUGGUAAUGAAAUUUCUUUAAUAGAACAUGGAGAAAAAUCCACUGGUUCUGAUACUGCAAUCUCUGAGUGCACUUUAGGUCAAAAACUGGGAAAUACUAGUUCUGUCUUUGACCACUUGAACACUGAAUCAUUGAAACAAAACCGUUUGUCAACUGCCGAUGCAAGUGGUGGGAGUAAGAAAAGGAAAAGGCAAAGAUUGAAUCCUGGUUUAGCAGGUAAUGAAGUCUCUUCUGCAAAAGAUGUUAAUGUGGCCAAAGACAAAGAUUCAGUUGGUAAAACUGAUCCAGAUUCUUUUCUUGGUAAACGUUCUAUGGGUGGAGUAAUAUCUGAACCUUGUUUGUUCUCUCCAAGUGAAAGGCAAGAUGUUAGUGAAACAAAUAAAGUGGCCCACACUGGUGGUGACAGUGAUAUGGAUGAAACAAAUGAUUGCAACUCGGAAAGCAAAAAAAAUGAAGCACCCGAACCGGAUGUUGCAUCAGUAAUAAAGACAAGAGAUUUAUAUGAUCAGAAUUCCAAUCAUGUGGAUGGCCAUUUUACACCUUUGUUUCGAGAGGGAAUUAAUUUUCAGAAAGCAUUUGGGGUAUCAGGGGAUGAAAAUCAGAUUGGUACCUUGGAAGAGAAAAUUGUGGAACCUAAGAAGUCUUCCAGGAAAGUGAAGAAGUCCAAGAAGAAUAAGGGUCCUGUUGGAGUAACAGAGGCAGUAGAUGCAGUACAUAAUAGUGUUCCUGCAAGCGGUAUAUCUCCUGUCGAGUGUCCUACUAUUGUGACUGAUGAGCAUUUGUGUGAUAAUGAUGAGCAAGCCUGCAAAACUGAUGGAAAAGAGGAAUCAGAAAUGGAAAAACCAGACUGUUCGCCUUCAGUUACAGAUGUGAAAGCUGAUGAUGUGAUUCAAGAUGUGCUGGAGUCCUUGAAGCGAUGCAACAAUACCCCAGAAAAUGCAGAAAAUACGGACAAGAAAUUGCGGAAGAAAACUAAGAAUAAAAGUUCUACCGUGAUGGCCCCUCCAGAAUUGCCAGGAAAAGGUUAUGUUGAUCACCGGGAUCCAACAUUUCUGGCUCAUAAUGUGACUGAGUUGAAUGCCUCGUCUAAAUCCACAAGGAAGACUGUAAACGGUGAUUCUGUGCAAUUGAAUGGAACAAAUUUGGGAUCUAACCAAAUUACACUUGAACGGAAACAUGAUGGAAGGUCUAUUCAAGAUGUCAGUGUAGAUCACACUAAAAGCACUCGUGUAGAGAAAUCUAAUAACAACAAAGAAGUUCCUCGUGGAAGUGAAACGGCCAAAAGCCAACAGCAUUGUGAAACUGUUGAUUCUGGUGAAAUAAUCAUUGAUAAGGCUGCCCAAAAUACAGGAGUGGAAACUGCAGUGAAAGGAAAAAGGAGGAAGAACUCUAAACCUGAGUUACGACCUUCGGAGAUAUUAAAUGUGGAUCAAGACAAGGAAGUAAAAAUGCCAGCUGCCAAAGCCAGCUCCAUCCAAUCUCAAAGAUUAUCAUCAAAGGUUGAACCUAGUAGCUCCAACUUUAAAUCAAGUAAACCACUCUUGAUCAUUCCUGAAAUUGCGGUGAAAGGACCUCCACAGUCUAAGAAAUCUGAAAAAUUCAAUUCCACUCCUAAUAAUGCUCAAAGGCCCAUUGAUGUCAAUUCUUCAACGGUACAUACAGAAUUAAAGAAGAACGACCCUCGUGCUGUAUCAAGCUCUGCCUUUGAAACACCUAAAAAGACCAUUAAUUCAAAGAAAGGAGCCUUUGAAACACCUAAAAAGACCAUUAAUUCAAAGAAAGGAGGUAGUGAGCCGCAGUCUCAUCUGGAUAUUGCAAAAGCUACUGGAACUAAUAGCAGGAAAGUUGCUAACAUCUUAGCAAAUAAGAAGAGCUUAUUGGCUACUACUGGUACUAUAUUUAGGCAUGAUGAUAAAGAGAGUUCUGAUGAUGAAGAUGGAGUAGGCAACUCGGAUUCCAGCACCAGAAAUCCAUCCGAUAGUUCAUCAUCAUCUGAAUAUUCAAGCAAUAGUAUAGCGAAGGGCAGUUCCCCACAAAAUGGAUCUUAUGACUCUGAAGUCGAAGAAGCUGGUGGAAGAAAGAAACAAAAUCCAGGAUCUUCUAGCCCAAAGAGCAUGUCAUUGCAUGCAAUCCUUCGGAAUUCAAGCAGUUACAAGAAGGCUAAACUGACAGCCUCUCAAGACAUUGAUAGCCAGCCUGAAGAAUUUGUUCUAGACAGUCAGGCGGCAACAUAAUUUACGUUUUCGUUUUCCAAAUGUUCAUUUUGCCGUUCAUCCGUUAUGGGUUGUCGUUUUGUCAGGUCCGGUGAGGGAUCGGUUGCAACCCCAUGCUUUUAUCGGUUUUGUUUACAAUGGAAGUGAAUGUAAUCUGCUCCCAGUUUUCAGUUUUUACAAGAAAGUGUUCAAGUAUGA